CCCUUUGCUGGCGGUAUGACGUCACACGACAGUCAGCGCUGGGAGAAGCUGAGAGAAAUAUGGCUGCGCCCUGCGGAUCGAGGCAUUUCCGUCAAUUAUAAGCUGUUUAACGUUCACGUUGUUACGAUUACCAUGGACACGUUGGAGAAAGAGUUGCCAUCUGCUGAAGAAAAUGAAAAGCCUCAGGUGGAGUUUGAGAAUAAACAAGGAGAAGAGGAAACUAAAGAUGAGGAAGAAGAAAGUGUCCUGAAAUGUAAAGAUGAGGAAGAAGAAAGUGUCCUGAAAUGUAAAGAUGUGGGCGAGAUGGGAGAAGAGAAGUCAGGGGUUGCAGAUGAAACUGAGGAAAAAACCCUGUCACCUGUUCAACCGGUCGUCAAAAAGCCGGCUGAAGGCCUGAACCUUAACAAUGAAGUGGUUAAGAUGAGAAAGGAGGUGAAGAGGGUGAGAGCUUUGAUCAUCAGGAAGCUCACACGACAGAUGGGGGCCCUGAAAAAGAAGAAGGGUAAAGACACAGAAACUGAGAGGAAUCAAAGGAGAGCGAGCAGACUGCUGGAGGAGGUCCAUGCCAUGAAAGUACUCUCACCCGACCUGGUUACAAAGACGGCCCUGCAAAAGAAUCUGAAUUUCGAACAGGUGUGUAAAAACCCCAAGUCUACUAUUUCUGACCGGGCUGUGGCACGCAUCGCCACCCACCCUCAAUUUAACAAAAAGAUUGGAGACAUAAAAAUGGCUUUAAAAGCCUUCAAAGAAGAGAGGAUGAAGACUGGAAAGCAGAAAGGGAAGUUGGAAGGGCAAAACAAACCUAGAAACACAACUCCAGGUUUGCCAGACAAACUGAGAGAAAGACCCGGUGAAAAGGAGGUAACAUCGAGGCAAGAGGAAAUCAAAGACGACAAGGAAGGAGAUGGUGUGCUUAAAGACAUGAAAGAUGCAACUGUGCUAAACCUAGAGGAAAGGAGUAAAGCAACUCAUUUGGCUGACACAACUGAUAGUCAAAGAAAAGAAAUGCCAGAAUAUAAGUGUGCAAACCCAUCAAUAAAAAGAAGUGUGGAAACUGUGAAAAAUAAUCUUCUAGGUCAGGAUGGGAAGAAACCCGAUCUUAAGCGCACAGCUGAGGUGCCUCAGCGGAAGAGAGAUGAGGAAGAGAGUGAUUUAGAGUCUCUUAAAGAUGAAGAGAGAGAGUACUUCGAUGACAGCACAGAGGAACGUUUCCUUAGGCAGUCCUCACCAUCCGAAGAGAGCAAUGACGAUGAUGACUUCUUCAUUGGAAAGGUGAGAAAAUUCAAGAAAAAGAAGAGGGAAGUAAAAGAUGGCCCAACAGAAUCUGAAGUUGUUGAGUCCAGGUUGAAGGCAAAAAAGGCCUUGCUUCAGUCUGUGUUCUGUUCUUCCCUCUCUGCGUCCAAGCCUGCAGUGGCAGAAGGUGCAACCAGAGGGAGAUAUGGGGAUACAUUAAGGGGCCAAGAGACAAGUCCAGUAAGUGAUUUUAAAAAAUCCAAGUACCAACAUCAGGGGAAAGGAACACAAUGCAAUUCAGGGUCCAAGUACAAAAAGCCCUGCCAUAAGGGCAGCCAUCCUGAAUCACAACAGAGCAGAUGGGGGGGUCAAGGGAAAGGGGAUGUUAUUAAACAAAAGUCGCGCUAUGACGGAGCUGGCCCUUACCAACAAGCACAAAAUCAGACCCUGCAUCCAUCCUGGGAGGCCAGUAAGAAAAGGAAGGAGCAGCAAGGACAGAUCUUGGCUUUCCAAGGAAAGAAGAUCAAGUUUGAUGAUGAUGACUAAACGUUGUUUUGUUUAUCCAUUAUUCAUGGGUUUAGUUCAGAGUCUUACUUAGUGAUUCAAGUCAGCUUCACUUAUUUUUGAUAAAUGUUCAAAACAAGUGGUUAUCUCUGUCUACUUGAGAGAUGUUUUCUCAAGUAUAAAGUGCUGUUUCAUCCCU